GAUGCUUUCCCGCUGAUGGUCCGAGGCCACCUGCCCAGUCGCUGCUAGUCUGUCGCCUGCUCAGGGCGCGUCUUCCUUGCGGUCGGCCGCUGGCCCACAGUCGUGGCCCGGCAACGCUCCGAAGCCACGGCCGGCUGUUUGUCAACGUUGCCAUCUGGGCCGUCGAACCGGUUCGAUAAUCUUCAGGAGCACGCGCUCAAUGCGCAUGUGCCGCGAUCGAUGUCCUGAGGAUGGAGCCCACAUUACAACCCACGGCCGAGCAUAGCUUGGAGGCGCUCUGCAGAAACACCAAGUUCACCAGACACCAGAUUCAGCUCAUGUACAGAAGCUUCAAGCAGGAGUGCCCCACGGGUUUCGUGGAAGAGGACAACUUCAAACACAUCUUUGCACAGUUCUUCCCAUAUGGAAACGCCUGCUCAUACGCCCGCUACGUCUUCAAGAGCUUCGACCGGAACAGGAACGGUGCCAUCAGCUUCAAGGACCUGCUCUACUGCCUGUCGCUGCUGUGCUUCGGGAGCGUGCAGGAGAAACUGCGUUGGGCCUUUUCGCUAUAUGAUGUCAACGGCGAUGGGUUCAUUACGCGCCAGGAGCUCAGGGACGUCGUCUGUUCGGUGUACGCGCUCCUGGGCCGCCGCUCGAGCACGGACGAGAGGGCACUACGCGAACACGUGGACCGCGUAUUCCAGAAAAUGGACGUUAACCAGGACGGUGUCGUCACCAUGGACGAGUUCAUGGAGAUCUGCUCCAAGGACGACACCAUCGCGAAGUCCUUGACUCUUCUGGACACGACGCUGUAGCACUGGUCAUCGAGGGUUUCUUGGUUCUUCCGAGAGCAGAAUCGACGAGGAGCUCCCACUCGAAAACUCACCCUUCGCUUUAAGCUUCGCCGUCCAGCGACUCCGCGGGCCACCAAGUUUGGAGCGUAUGUCGCAUGGUUCCCUGGACAACCUACACCUGCGACUACAUGUAACAGAGUACAAGGCAACGCGCUUUCAUGACGAGUAUGCUAGUGGGCUCAGUUGCGUAUCGUACAUUUAUGUUCGGUUAUCCUUAAUAGUUUUGCGAUAGUGUAGGAGUUACGUGACGAUGGGGCCGCAGAGAAAAAAAAAAUUAUCGAGAAUUAAUAGGGCGAAGCUGCUUCGUCCGCGGGCCCAGCCCUGCUCAAGCGCAGUAGCCUUUUGAUGCAAUCACUUUUAAGAGAGGCGCACCGAAAGCUGUCGUGCGUGCUGUGCAACGCGCUUCACGGGAACUCGCACCACGUAAUGUCGAUACACCGCGGGUGCGCAUGUUCAGGCCUGGCCAAAACUGCUGCUGCCGCCGACAAAUCAGCAAGGUACAACACGGGCCAGGCAAGUCAACUACGAAUCCGCAGUGCAAUUCUUCGACAAACGACAUUGUUGCGACCAAGUACAGCUUGAGCGCGGAAAUACGAACAUCGAGCGACCUGCUUUAGAAAGCCGUUGUGCAUUUUAUUUUCUUACGGCGAGCUAGAGCAGAAGUCCGGACAUGACUAGUCCGUUAGCUGCACUUUCUGUUUUCUUUGUUUAGGAGUACUGACACAAAAUGCCAAAGCUGAAACCCGUCCGUCAUUCGACUAAUCUGUACACGUGGAUACACACGAACAAGUAUACUAACUGCACAUGAAAAUUUGAUAUUUUAACUAGACCUUGUGCUCGGUGGUGUCGACAGAAAUCUUUUCGGUAGGUGGGUCACAUGACCAGUGACCCCCCCCCCUGCCACUGCUUGUGGUCAACAACUUCAAACCGCUCCUCUCUAGGUGUGGUCUGACACAAUGCAAAUGCAUCCCGUGAAGCUAGACAAGUUUUCGGUAUGUUUAGCGAGUACUAAAAGGCGUUGGCACGCAAGUACGUGCAGGAAGCAUAAGUCAGGAGACUAGCUGACAUAUGUCCUGCUUUCGCACUGUAACAAUAGUACAAUGGAUAAUUACGAACUAGCCCAAUUCAUCAAGCUCCUAGGACAAGUUGGCACGGGCCGCUUUUUGAAACUAACUCCUUUCUCGCUCGAGCCAAAUAGCCAACCUAUUAACACAGGUGCACACCUCGUCUUCACUUUGUUAAGGGUGGAUUUAAGCAGCAUUUUAUCACAUGUGGAAUGAGAAGGAACUUCAAACGAGGUAGAACAGGAAAGAAAAACUAGGCGGGUAGAACAUGAGUGAGUUCGAAGCGCUUAAAGUCCCCCCCUCAUGCUUACUUCUGUGUCAUGUGCUCACCAUUGCAUCCUGUGUGCACAGCAGCUUGUGGUAUCAUGUGAUCACCACCCGUGUUGCGAGCAAUUAAAGGAGAGUGUAGCCAUUCCUUCCAUACUGCACACUGAGGCAAGUGACAUACUGUACCAUUGUCCCUGGUUUAUUGUGGCGCAAAAAGCAUCCAAAAUUUUUGUGUCAGUACUCUUUUAACUCUGCAGUUGGCGCUUUCAUGUCACAUACCGCCCAUUACUUCGAGCCCCACCACACUAGCCUUGCUGAUGGGGUUAGUCAAAAACAAUGCAAUGAAAAAAGAAAAGAAACAAAAAAUAACGAGCUUUUGCUUAUACCAACCUCCACGCAUAGCAAGGCUAAAUCCUCCAACUGCCCAGGCAAAAUGCCCAUCUGCUUCCAAACACAGUAAUGGGAGGCAUUCAUUGAACAGUUUAGUGUUCCAUGUAAGCAGCCAGCAAUGGCUUCCAGUCUGCACUUUCAGGCACAACUAUACCACAGAGACUGUGCAAAAUGUUGUGUAGCAUUGUGCCACUGCUGAUACAGUUCGUGGUCCCAAGGACAAAUGAAAGUGAACUUAUACCUCCUGUAGGAGCAUUAAACUGACUGACAAAUCAUUGGUCAUACCAGCUUAUCAACCACACUACAUUUGGGUGGAUUAUAAGGGGAAACCAGACUGUUGUGUACAUGUCGGAGUGCAGACACAGUUAGCAAGCAGUGCGAGUUUCAUCCACCCAAAGUUAAAAGCCUUGCCAUUAGCCAAACAGACUUCAGAUCUGAUGCAAGUUCUCUUCAUAGACAAGGUGUGCUCUCACGCGGCUGUAGCCUACAAUGUGCGCAACAUUGUGGAGAAUUCUUCCUAUUUGUGGUGACUGCCUGAGGCAGGUUUUCACUACAAGAAUGCAGGUGCAACAGUGGUGCUCAUGCAUAGGUCGCAUUGUUACUACUUGUGGGGCUGGGCACACAGAGCGCAUUUACAGGAAAAACAGUGAUCGAUGCACUACACUGCUAGCGUCAUCACGUCCAGAUACUCACAUUUACAGGAAGAGUCGAGACGGCAAGCAGGAUAUGGCAGUCUGUGCCUGCACAAGCCUACAGUGAGCAGGCACAUAUAGCAAGACAAAAGUCCGAAAUCUGGGGAUUGUCUGUAGCAUUUCUGCGGACUAGUGAAACAGAAGGCUUCCAUUAAAAAAAGAAAAAGAAAGAAAGAAAGAAAAAAGAUGGCAAGUUAUUCUAGUUUUUGGAAGUGUCACAUUAUAAUAGUGAAGGCUUGGCAUAAGUAGUCUUCUCUGCACCUUGCCAGAUAUUCAUAUAUGUAUAUAUAAACAAAAAAUAUAUGAAGUCCUGCUAUUUUUCUUUCACCCAACCCUCUUACUAUGAAGGGGUCCUACAAAUAAACUUCAUCCAUCUCACAUCCCUUUUCUUUCCUACCAAGCACAUCACCAGGCAACUGACAGAACACGUCUCUUACUAGUGAACUGCAUUUCAUACAAUGCUACCAAACCGUCAUCUCUUUGAGAAAGCAUGGCUGGCACAAUACUCUAAUUUAUUUUAGAGUGAAAACAAAACACAAAGCCUCAAAAAUGAGCAGGAAAACAGUGUAACUACUCCCAAAAUGGACAUAAAUCAGGUAUAAUAAGAUCCUAUUUCAGAACGCUAUAGAGCCGUUCUCCCAUUUCAAUGUAGCAUCAGUACCCCGUACCAAAGUAUUCUGCACAAAAGCCUGCUUUGUUGGUGAAACAGGGUCAAGCUGAGAGUAAUGCAAAAGCAAGCAAUGUUCUCUUAAACAAAGGUGUGCUUGCAAGGAAAGAAAAAGAGAUGUGAAGGCAAGGCCAACUAUAAGGCCAAUCUGACUGUUUUCCAAGACACCUGUGUACAGAGUAGGGCCCUGCCAAGGUCCACCAGUAUUAACUGGGACUGUGCUGUACUGGCACAGUAUAGCUUGCCAGGUAGCUAUAGCAUUAACAUUUCAGGUUGUUGUGCCUAGCCAGAGAAAAAGCGUGACAAAUUAAGAGAUAGCACGCAUAUUUUAGAGGUGUUGUACGUCAAAGUGGAAAUUCAAUGCCAACAAAUUCUAUGUAGAGGGGACAUGUGCUUUCAGAGGUGAGAUUUAGUGUAACACCUUUCUGCUGGGAAAGGAAUGAAAGUGCGAGGGCAGGAAACAAGCAAAUGAACGUCAGGUUUGGGGCUGAUUUGAGUGUCGCGCACAGGCCCAGCAUCUGCACCAGAGCAGGUGAGUUCCUGUAGGCAAUCAGAGAGCAAGAGUGUCGCAGACAGAACUCAGGCACAGAGGCCGUUGCAGCAGCCUGUUGCCUGCAGGGGCAACACUCCAGCAGGACCAGGCAAUUGCAUGCGGAGACAGUGCUUUUUUAUAUGAGUUCAAAGUUUAUCAAACCUUUGCAUCAGAGGCAACAGCUCUACCUGUUUGCUGCCGUAUGCUGAUACAAAGUCGCCUUACUGUGUUACAAGCGUGUGUUUGUAUGUCAGUCAAGAUUAUGUCACCCGCUUCAUGUUUGUAUAAAGAUCGCUAUUUUUAUAUGUGGACAUAAUGAGUAAGCCCUUGCAACAUGCUAACCUACCCAUCUCUAAUUAGGCAAGCCAUAUGUUCUUCCUUGCUGUGUUUCCAAAGUAUUUGUACUUGGCCAAUCUUUUUGCACCCUCUCCGGUGGUUUGCAGAAUGGGGCUCAGUAUGGCCGACUGUUCUCGAGUUGUGUGUCCCUUCCCAGGCCUUGUUGUGUCUUCCAUGUUGAUGUUAAAUCAAUGAGCCCUCAGGAUUAUUUAUGCAACCAUGUAACCUGCAUGAGAACCGUAGCAGUAUGGCUCCAGUGGCCCAACUAACUUGCAUAUGGGUAGCUUUGGUGGACUUCUAUCUGCUAUUUUCUUUCACGGAUAAGUCUGUGUUUAUCUUGGAAACUUGCAUCUUGUAAUAAAAGCAGCAUCAAGACUCUGCUGCAGGCCAGGUACACUGAGAGCAAGGUGGCCCUCUUACGACACAGGGGCAUUUGUAUGCAUGCCAGCUUAGGGUGCGUGUUACAAGUGUUUACGUCCUGGCUCACGUCCCUCCAUGUUUGCAGUGCGUGACUCUGUUGUAUGUGCAACGACCGUGUUUUCUUCAGCUUACUGUAUGCCAUCCUUGUCAAAAACCUGGUUGGCGCUGGUGAGACGGCUCAAUAAACUGGGUUUCUCAAAGUGUG